GCCAUUGGCUCGCGCGACCUGUCACUCGCCGCUGCGGCCACCGGGCAGGGGCCUCGCGGUGAUUGGUUCCGCCCAGGCGCGAAAUGUAACGCGGGAAAAGCCGAAGCAGUGACCCAGGCGGCAGGUUGUUAUUUUCGGGGGCUCGGCGCAGGACUCCUGCUUUCCUGUCACCGAAAGGCAGGCCGCCCGCAGCUUCCCGCCGCUGCAGUUGCGUUAGGGAGUACAAAGAGCCGAGGGCGGCCUGACCCAGGGUUGGGGUCUGGCGCUGGCCACCGAGGGCCGGCCAAGCCGCGCCGCUCCUUCGCUGGCAGCCGCGCAAGAGGAUUCCGGGAAACGUCCGCCAGCCAUGAGCCGGCGGGACUGAGCGCCGGCGACUCGGGAGCAGCGCGGCAGAGCGGAGCGAAGGGCCAGACCGGGGUUCAGGGAGUGCGGCUGCCGGAGCUGCUGAUCGGGCGAUGAUCCGGGGCAUGGAGGGGCCGAUGGCGGACAACCCGCCGCAGCCGCCGCCCGUCAUCUUCUGCCACGACUCCCCAAAGCGGGUGCUGGUGUCGGUCAUCAGGACGACCCCGAUCAAGCCCACGUGCGGCGGCGGGGGGGAGCCAGAGCCGCCGCCGCCGCUCAUCCCCACUAGCCCCGGCUUCAGCGACUUCAUGGUGUAUCCGUGGCGCUGGGGCGAGAACGCGCACAAUGUGACGCUCAGCCCCGGGGCCGCGGGGGGCGCCUCCUCGGCCGUCUUGCCCGCAGCCGCCGAGCACCCGGGGCUCCGAGGCCGGGGCGCGCCCCCGCCCGCAGCCUCCGCCGCCGCUUCGGGAGGUGAGGACGAGGAGGAAGCGAGCAGCCCAGACAGCGGCCACCUCAAGGAUGGAAUCCGACGUGGCAGACCCAGAGCAGAUACUGUCCGGGAUCUAAUAAAUGAAGGAGAGCAUUCAUCCAGCAGAAUCCGUUGUAACAUCUGUAAUAGGGUGUUUCCACGGGAGAAAUCGCUCCAGGCUCACAAAAGGACUCACACAGGUGAGAGACCCUAUCUGUGUGACUAUCCAGACUGUGGAAAAGCCUUUGUUCAAAGUGGACAGCUCAAAACACAUCAGCGUCUUCACACCGGAGAGAAACCUUUUGUUUGUUCAGAAAAUGGCUGCCUAAGCAGAUUCACCCAUGCAAACCGCCACUGUCCGAAGCACCCUUAUGCCAGGCUGAAACGGGAGGAGCCCACAGACGCUCUCAGUAAGCACCAGGCUGUGGACAACCAGGCUGCCGCCGAGUGGUUGGCCAAGUAUUGGGAAACGAGAGAGCAGCGUGCCCCCACCCUGAAAGGAAAGCUCGUUCAGAAGGCCGAUCAGGAGCAGCAAGACCCUCUGGAGUACCUUCAGUCUGAUGAGGAGGAUGACGAGAAGCGUGGUGCCCAGCGCCGGCUGCAGGAGCAGCGGGAGCGCCUGCACGGCGCCCUUGCUCUCAUAGAGCUCGCCAACCUGACUGGAGCGCCACUCCGCCAGUAGCCUGAACACUGACUCUUCCACUGUACAAAAGUACUGCCCAGCGUACUUAAAAAGUAGAUCCUUGGGCAUAAGCUAAGCACCUUAUUUGCUUAUUAUAGGCUGCUAUUCUGUAGAAAUUUAU